AUGUCGAGCACGUACGAUUUCACGGGACGGGUAGCGCUGAUAACGGGGUCGAGUUCGGGCAUCGGUGCGGCCAUAGCUAUACUACUGGCCAAAGCGGGCGCCCGAGUGGUCAUCACUGGACGUAAUUAUCAAAAACUCGCCGCAGUUUAUAAACAGUGUUCAGAUGUGUCGCCUCAUAAAUGCCGUCCAGCGGUUCAAGUAGUGGCCGACGUGACCAAAGAGGUCGAUAUGGACCGACUUCUGGCCAUUACUAUCGAUACUUUUGGUCAAUUAGAUAUUCUGGUCAAUAACGUAGGGUUUUUGCCUCCGGGCAGUAUUUAUACCGAUUUACUCGAGAAUGGCUUUGGUAUUACAGGGGCCGAGAGUAGAGCCCUGUUUGAUAGGGUCGCCGCCAACUAUCCGGUCGGACGAAUGGGCGAAGGUAUGGAUGUGGCCAAUGCCGUGGCCUAUCUGGCCAGUGAUCAGGGUAGUUUUAUCACAGGCACCCACCUUUUUGUAGACGGUGGUCAUAUCGCCGCUAAUAUUUCAAUUGAGUUAUAA